UAUCCAUUUGUUCUACCUCCACCAUCCCCUAUCAUCCACGUUCGAGUAGAAUCCAAGCAAAGAGAUCAGAGAUCAAAAAAAUUCAGAAGAAAGCGGGAAAAAAGGGGGCUUAAUUAGUCUCAUCCGUCCUCAAUCCAUGGCCUUCUCAGCCCUCUUCUUCUCCCCGAAAUCUUCCCUUCCUAAGAUGCUCCCAGCACGUCCGCUAACCCCCAAAUUCCGCCAUUUCUCCCUCCCCCUCCUCCGCUGCUCCUCCACCUCCCCCCCCGCCGCCUCCUUCGACCUCCGCGGCUACUGGACGUCCCUGAUUCCCCAGAUCGAGUCCCAGCUCGAGGCUGCCCUCCCCGUCCGCUUCCCGGAGCGGAUAUUCGAGGCGAUGCGCUACUCCGUCCUCGCCGGCGGCGGCAAGCGCGCCCCUCCCAUCAUGUGCAUCGCCGCCUGCGAGCUCGUCGGCGGCGACCGCUCCGCGGCCUUCCCCACCGCCUGCGCCCUCGAGAUGGUCCACGCCGCCUCCCUCGUCCACGACGACCUCCCCUGCUUCGACGCCGCCCCGCUCCGCCGCGGCCGGCCCUCCACCCACGCCCGCUUCGGCGUCGACAUGGCCGUCCUCGCCGGCGACGCCCUCUUCCCCCUCGCCUACAGCCACGUCGUCGCCCGCACCCCGCAGGACCUCGUCCCCCCCGCCACCCUCCUCCGCGCCCUCGCGGAGAUCGCCCGCGCCGUCGGCUCCACCGGCAUGGCCGCCGGCCAGUUCCUCGACAUCACCGGCGCCGCCGCUGCCGGGGAGGCGAAUGUCGUCGCCGUGCUCGAGAAAAAGUUCGGGGAGAUGGCCGAGUGCUCGGCGGCGUGCGGCGGGAUUCUGGGCGGCGCCGGCGAGGAGGAGACGGAGGGGCUGAGGAGGUACGGGAGGGCGGUGGGUGUGCUGUACGAGCUGGUGGACGACAUACUGAUGGAGGAGGCCGGGUCGAACGGGAAGAUGCGGAGCAACGCCAGCGUCGUGGUGGCGCUCGGGAUGGACAGGGCCAUGGAGAUGCUGGAGGAGCUCCGGGCGAAGGCCAAGAGGGCGCUACAGAGGUUCGGAGACAAGUACGGCGACCGAGUGCUGCCUCUCUAUAGCUUUGUCGAUUACGCCGUCGAGAGGGGAUUCGUCGUCGAAGCUGAAGGAGAAGGAAAAGCUGCUUCUGCUGCUUCUGCGACUGCUGCUGGUGCUGGUGAUGGAAAUGGUGAUAUUGGGGUGGAUGGUAACUGUGGGCCUUCUGGAGAGUGAUGAAGAAUUGAUGAAAACUGUGUCUUUAAAUACUUGUUUUUACUGCAUUCGGACUAUGCGGCGUGGCUUUUCAAGUUGAGCAUAUUUACAGAGAAGUUAAUGGAGUCGCAGAUUGGAUAGCCUUAUAUGUGGUCAAUCAUUUGGAAGAUUCUGAGUUGGAUAAAAAAAAUUGUCUAGAAUAUUUGGAGACUUAUGUUGUAGUCAAAAAAUAUAUAUAUAUUUUUGUUCAUGUACUGCACCUUUUCUAUUUUAUGUAAACUAUGGGUUCAUUUCCUUGGAUGAUUUGGCCGCUA